GUUAACCUGUCCAAUUGAUUACAAAAUUUAUUUAAUUUUUUGGAGGUUUCUAAUGGAUUUUGUUUUCCUUAUCGAGAAUUGUACUUCAUAAUUUAUGUUAUUUAUGGAUAAUAUUUUGAAUUUUAUUAUAUUUUAUUUUAAUAUGUCUCAUAAAUUUUUCGAUAUUAUUUAUGGAAAAAUAAUAUUAUUCACCUAAAAUAAAGAAUUACAACACACAUACAAUAUAAUUCUAAUUAAUAAUAAUAUAAAAUCUGUAACUUCUAAAACUAUACACUAUUUAUUCCAUAUUUUGAAUGAAAGUAUCUUCUUAAACAUACAAAUUAUUUUGGGACGUUACAACUAUGCAUACACACAAUAACUGCCUCUUGAUACUGAAGUUACUUUGUUCCCUCUUGUCCAUGUCAAAUAUUGAGUACCAGCUUUUUUCCAUGGCUGAUGCUUUCUCCCAAAGACAUUGGUAUUAUGAUGUAAAAUCUGUUACUUUUAAAACUAUACACUAUUUAUUUUAUAUUUUGAAUUUUGUUAUGCCAGUCACCUAGUAUAACUUAAAAAACAAGAUAAUUGAAUGGUUAACCAAGGAUAUCUCUCACCUAAUAAUAAUUUUAAGAUGACACAAAUAAAAAAAAAGGAAACAGAAAGAAGAAAAUAGGGGGAAAACACAUCUUUGACAAUUUACGUACACACUUCUGCUUAUUCGUGGUAGGUUUUGUUCUUCCCUCGUUCCAUUCAUGCAAUUUCAUGGCUUUCACGGAAGCCACGACAAGAACAAGAAAUAAAGAUUUCACCGAGAUCAUAUUGGUUCCAUUGUGCGUGUAACCGCAAUGCGAACUUGGGAGAACCCGGUUACGCUUGCGUGUAACACGGCCUUCAAGAAAACUCUACCUUCUUGCACUCUCCUUAUCAUCUUUAUCGCCGUGUUAUGCCCGGUAGUAAUGUCUCAGAUGGUUGUGCCAGAUUCAGACGCAGAUUGUCUCCUGAGAUUCAAAGAUACAUUAGCAAAUGGUUCGGGGUUUAAUAGCUGGGAUCCAUUUACAUCACCAUGUCGAGGAAAUGACGCGAAUUGGUUCGGUGUUCUAUGUACCAAUUUCGUUUACGGGUUACAACUUGAGGGAAUGAGCUUAAGCGGGAAGUUAGACCUAGAACCAUUGGUUCCUAUGAAGAAUCUACGAACCAUAAGCUUCAUGAACAAUGAUUUCAUUGGCCCAAUGCCUCAGGUUAACAGGCUUACUUCUAUGAGAUCUUUGUAUUUGUCUAAUAACCGGUUUUCGGGGGAGAUACCAGAAGAUGCAUUUCAAGAUAUGCCCCAUUUGAAGAAGAUUUUCUUGGCGAAUAACGCGUUUCGUGGGACAAUCCCUGCUUCUAUAACUUCUUUGCCAAGGCUUAUAGAGGUGAGGCUAAAUGGUAAUCAGUUUCAAGGGCAUAUACCAUAUUUUAAACAAGAGGAUCUUAAGUUAGCUAGCUUUGAAAACAAUGAUCUAGAUGGACCCAUCCCUGAAAGCCUUCAAAACAUGGAUCCUGGCUCUUUUGCAGGUAACAAAGACUUGUGUGGUCCUCCCUUAAAUCCAUGUUCUAUUGAUCCAAGAUCUCAUCCUAGUCCUCCCCAGGGGAAGAAGAGCGAAUCUUUUAACACUAUAGCAAUCGUUUUGAUAUCUAUUGGAAUAAUACUAGUGAUCAUCGCGCUUGUGAUCUGUUUCAUCCAAUCAAGAAGACGAAACUGCCUGUCAGAUUAUCCUUCAGCUGGUAAAGAGAGGGUAGAAAGCUACACUUAUCAUGAGCCCGAGAUUGAUAAGAUCAAUAAACCAGCAGAAUCCGUUGUCAAUCACGCAAGGAGAGGAUCCAUGCCUGAUCCAGCAGGCAGGCUUCUAUUUGUGAGGGACGACGUUAAAAGAUUUGGUCUUCAAGAUCUUCUUAGAGCUUCAGCUGAAGUUCUUGGUUGUGGAACAUUUGGUGCUUCAUACAAAGCAGCGAUAUCCAGCGGACAAACAUUGGUUGUGAAGAGGUAUAAACAUAUGAACAAUGUUGGAAGAGAUGAGUUUCAUGAGCAUAUGAGAAGGUUAGGGAGAUUAAACCAUCCGAAUCUAUUGCCUCUAGUCGCUUACUAUUACCGGCGAGAAGAAAAGCUCUUAGUCACUCAGUUAAUGGCUAAUAGUAGCUUGGCAAGCCAUCUUCAUGCAAAUCAUUCCCCGGAUCAACCUGGGUUGGAUUGGUUAACACGUUUAAAGAUCAUAAAAGGAUUGGCAAAUGGUUUAUCUUACUUGUUCAAGGAGCUACCAACAUUAACUAUCCCUCAUGGUCAUAUAAAGUCAUCGAAUGUGGUUUUAGACGAAUCACUCGAGCCAUUGUUAACAGAUUACGCUCUAAGACCGGUGAUGAGUUCAGACCAUGCACAUAACUUCAUGACUGCCUACAAAUCACCAGAGUAUAGACCAGAGAAAGGACAAGCCAUAACAAAAAAGACAGAUGUUUGGUGUCUCGGUGUGUUGAUAUUGGAGCUUUUGACAGGGAGAUUCCCUGAGAAUUAUUUAACGCAAGGUUAUGACCCGGACAUGAGUCUUGUGACAUGGGUUAAUGACAUGGUUAAAGAGAAAAAAACAGGUGACGUGUUUGACAAGGAAAUGAAAGGGAAGAAGAAUUGUAAAGCGGAAAUGAUUAGUUUGUUGAAAAUAGGGUUGAGAUGUUGUGAAGAAGAAGAAGAGAGAAGGAUGGAGAUGAGAGAGGCUGUGGAAAUGAUUGAGAUGUUGAGAGAAGGUGAACCUCAUGAUGAGUUUGGUUCCAUGGAUCAUCGAAAGUCCGGCUACGAGGUCUAAGUAUUAAGUAUGAAUCAUAGUUGGAUAAUGUUGGAUGGUGAUGACUUUGGUUUUUAGAUGAACGGAUGAGUUUUAGGGCUUUAAAAUGCAUAACAAGAGCGUGAAUAUUCCUGCGGUCCUAGCUUGACCGGGGAGAAGAUUGAAAAACAUGUGAUGAUGGGCUUUUCUUCCUUUAUGGUUAGUGCAGAUGGUUAAGAAAAAAAUGUAUGAGAAGUUAGAGGUCCUGAAAAUGUGGUAUACGUUUCGAUUGUGUAUUUUCUGAUGAUCUUACUAACAAUAGUGAUUACAUUGUAAAGAGUAUCUCACUUCCUAAACUACAUCAAUUACAAUUACAUAAUAUUGAGUAAUAAAUGGAACACAAUCAUCCUCACCAGUAUAUCUUCUUCAUAAGCCCUAGCUUCUUCUUCUUUUGAAUCCACCAUGCUCAUGAUAUCUAGGAAGCUUCCUUUACUUGUAAAAAAAUAUUAGGGUGUAAUCUUUAUCUUUGCUCUGCGUUUUUUUUAGGGAAGCUACCACUCCAGCAUUCCAUCAAAACAUUAGGCACCAAUUUUCCUUCACGCAUGUGUUUCAUCCUUCCAAUCCCACCUCCCUCGUUUGUGGAAUCCGAUCAAGAGAGAACUAAUAGUAACCAAGUUCAUAGAGAAAGCUCUAGUUUCCAUUUGCUCCACCAAUUAACGAGUGGGGCAACUUAAAGAUUUUAGUAGGGGCAGCUGGCCCCUCCCUGAGGCCUGAGGGUUCCAUCUAAAAGAGAAUUAUACACAAUAGUAUCAAGGAAAAACCCGUUAAAUCGUCACUGCAUCAUCCAUGAUCCAUCUGAUAAGAUUUACAAGAUCCUUGGAUCAGUAUAUGAUACAUAGAAUUAUCAGGUUCAUUGCCAGAUACUUCCAUUUCAUUCCAUACGACCAAAGCAUCUUUAGAUUUUCCAAACAUACAUAACACAUGAAUCAAGCUGUUAUACGCGAAUAAGUCAGGAGGGGCAAUUAAUUGUCAAUAAUAGCACCCUUUGAAGUUUAUGUCUCAAAAAUGACACUAGAAGGAGAAAGUCACAAAAAUGAUAUUCACUAAAAGGUAAAAUAUUCCUAAUACCUUUGAUUUAAAAUUAAAUAAACAAACAAAAAUAAAUAAAAAUAAAUAAAAUAAAAAAAAAUGAAAAAAGAAAUUUCUUUUAUAAUUUCAGAUUAUAUGUUUUCAGAUU